AUGGCGGAGGAGGCGGAGGGGAUGGACCGGUUCGACAUGGAGGGGGACUUCGAGGGCGGGCGGUUCGGCCGCGACGGGGAGUUCUACUACCGGAGCCGGCGGGAGCGGGCGCCGCAGACCCGCGACGACGCCAUCUACGGGGUCUUCGCGGAGGGCGACUCCGACUACGACUCGGAGGACGACGAACAGUCCCGCCGCCGCCGCAGGAAGCGCCGCAAGGACGGCGGCGGCGGGGAGGCCGACCUCACCAAGCCCGUCCAGUUCGUCUCCACCGGCAAAUUCAUGCCCACCCAGGAGCCCGAGCCUGAGGAGAGGCCGGGGCUCGGGCGCUCCGACGCCACCACUGAUAAGGCGGAGGUGGCGGAGGCGGCGGAGGAGCAAGACGACGAGGGGGGCACCGAGAUGCUGCCGGCUAUAUUCGGCAAGAUCAGGGACGGCGCGCGCGCGAGGCGGGAGGAGAAGGAGCGGGAGCGGGAGGCGGCGGCGCGCCGGCGACAGGCGGCGGGUCUCGGGGCGGGGGAGCCGGCCGCGGCUCCUGGGAGCCUGGAGUCGAACUCCAAGGUGGCCAAGAUGAUGUUGAUGAUGGGGUACAAGAAAGGCAUGGGCCUUGGCAAGAAUCAGCAGGGGAUCACCGCACCAGUGGAGUCCAUUCUGCGACCCAAGAAUGCAGGCCUGGGGAGCGUCGAGGGGUUCAAGGAGCCCAAGACCCUGUUGCCUAAGGAGAACGUGCCGGCCCCACCGCCUCCACCGGCAUCAGCGAGGAAGGAGAAGCGCUGGUACAAGAAGGCUACCACAAAGAAGGCUCCAAUCUUGACGAAGAAUGAGCUCCUGGCCAUGCGUGCUGAGCAGGAACAGGAGGAACAGCCUGCUGUUGUCCAGAAGGUGAUCGACAUGCGAGGGCCGCAGGCGCGGGUGCUGACAGAUUUGAAGGGGCUCAAUGAAGAACAAGAGAUGGAGGCGAAUGAUGUGCCCAUGCCAGAGCUGCAGUACAAUGUGCGCCUGCUUGUUGAUGAGGCUAGAGCUGAUAUUGUGAGGUUGGAUGCACAGCUGCGGCGGGAGCAGGAGAAGGUGGCUAGCUUGGUGCGGGAGAAGGAAAAGGUUGCUAAGCAAGAGGCAUCGCAGAAACGCCAGCUGCUGGUGAUGGAGAGAAUUGCAGAGACACUGGAGAAGGUCCGGGAGGAUGAUACAUCCGGCAUGCUCACUCUGGAUGGGUUGAUUCAGACAUUCCACGGGUUGAAGGUGCAGUUUGAGGAGGAGUUCAAGAUGUGUAGCAUUGCAUGGAUUGCUUGCCGAUAUGCUCAUCCAUUGCUAAUCCGUGUCUUCCAGGGGUGGCAGCCCCUGCAGAAUCCAAAGUUUGGGUUAGAAGUCAUGAGAAAAUGGAAGGACCUGCUGCAGGGGGACCAACCAUAUGACUUCUCAGAUAGUGCUGCAUCAAUGACGCCAUAUGUGCAGCUUGUUAGUGAAGUCAUCCUACCGGCUGUGAGGAUAUCAGGAAUCAAUUCGUGGGAGGCUAGGGAACCGGAACCAAUGCUCCACUUUCUUGAGUUAUGGGAUAAUAAGAAGUUGCUGCCUCCUGUUUUGCUUCAAUCAAUACUGGAGCAUGUAAUCAUGCCAAAGCUCUCAGCUGCCGUGGAUUCAUGGGAUCCUCGCAGGGAAAGUGUACCAAUCCAUGUCCAGGUGCACCCAUGGCUGCCAAUGCUAAGGGAAAGGAUAGAGACCUUGUGCCAUUCUAUUCAAUACAAGUUGAGCACUGUCCUCCAUAUCAACCCAGCAAACCAGAAGCUCGAUCAGUUUAACUGGGUGAUGUUGUGGGCAUCUGCAAUCCCAGUACACCUCAUGGUCCAUAUGUUGGAAGUUGAUUUCUUCAGCAAGUGGCAGCAGGUCCUGUACCAUUGGUUGUGCUCACCAAAUCCUGAUUUCAAUGAGAUAAUGAACUGGUAUAAGGGAUGGAAGGGCCUUUUCCCACCAGAGUUACUUGCCAAUGAGCGCAUACGGAUUCUGCUAACUGCUGGUCUUGACAUGAUGAACCAAGCUGCUGAAGGACUUGAGGUAGUGCAGCCUGGGGCUAGGGAGAAUGUGGGUUACUUGAGGGCAACUGAGAAGCGGCAGUUUGAUGCAGCACAGCAAGCUUACCAUGCUGUCCCAGGAGCAGCCAUGGCGGAUUUGAGCUUCAAGGAGUCUAUACAGGCAUAUGCAAUGGAGCAAGGUUUGCUAUUUAUGCCUAGAGUUGGCAAGUUCUACAAUGGCAUGCCAGUGUAUGAGUUUGGCACCGUUAGUGUUUGCAUAGACUCUGUGAAGCGACUACUGUAUGCACAACUUCAAGAGGGUGUUGAGAGAUGGAGUGCUGUAACUCUUACACAAUUGAUGGACAUGAACCGAAUGGGAAGAGCACACUAG